GCCAGUUUCGGCUGGUUGGCGCGGAAUCGGGAGACUCCGGGACCAUGGCGCUCGUGCACCGUGAAGACUGCGAGCUGGGGUCGAGCGCUAUGUCAGAUUCAGGGAAUUUUAUAGCUUCUCGAUCCAGGCGAGAAAAGAAAUCAAAGAGAGGGCGCCAGGAAGCUCUAGAAAGACUGAAAAGAGCUAAAGCUGGUGAGAAGUAUAAAUAUGAAGUUGAGGACUUCACAAGUGUGUAUGAAGAAGUUGAUGAAGAACAGUAUUCAAAGCUGGUUCAGGCCCGCCAGGAUGAUGACUGGAUCGUGGAUGAUGAUGGUAUUGGCUAUGUGGAGGACGGCCGAGAGAUUUUUGAUGAUGACCUUGAAGAUGAUGCCCUUGAUUCUUACGAGAAAGGAAAAGAUGAUAAAGCACGUACUAAAGACAGGAGGAAUGUAAAGAAGGCUGCGGUGACAAAACCGAACAGUAUCAAGUCACUGUUCAUUGCGAGUGCUGGGAAGAAGACUGCAGAUAAAGCUGUUGACUUGUCCAAGGAUGAUCUGCUGGGUGACAUUCUACAAGAUCUGAACACUGAAACUCCUCAAAUAACUCCACCACCUAUAGUGAUACCAAAGAAGAAAAGAUCUGUUGGAGAUUCACUGAAUCCUUUCUCUGUGCGUACCCCCAAGGCACUUCCUUCAGGAAAAACUGCUUCCUCUGUCUCAAGGAAGGAGCCUCCAUUAGCUUCUGUUCCUCUCAAAUGUGCUGAAUUUGCUGGACAGUCCGCGCCUGCUCUGUGUAGAGAGGACAAGCAGGACUCCGGGGCAAUGAAGUUUGAGGACGGUGACUUUGAUGAGCCUAUGGAAGCUGAGGAAGGAGACCUGGAGCCCAUGGCUGCCGAGACUUGGGACCAAGAGAGUGAGCCAGCAGAGGGGGUGAAGCAGGAGGCAGACCCUGGGAAAGGGGCCGCGUCCUACUCAGGAAAUUUUCUCCCAGAUGUUUCUUGUUGGGACAUUGAUCAGGAAGAUGACAGCAGUUUAUUAGCCCAGGAAGUCCAAGUGGAUUCCAGUCACCUCCCACUGGUGAAAGGGGCUGAUGAGGAACAAGUGUUUCAGUUUUAUUGGCUGGAUGCUUACGAAGAUCAGUACACCCAACCAGGUGUGGUAUUUCUGUUUGGCAAAGUUUGGAUUGCAUCUGCCAAAACCCACGUGAGCUGUUGUGUCAUGGUGAAAAACAUCGAGCGAACACUCUACUUCCUUCCCCGUGAAAUGAAAAUUGAUCUGAAUACAGGAAAAGAAACAGAAACUCCAGUUACAAUGAAGGAUGUUUAUGAUGAAUUUGAUGAGAAAAUAGCAGCAAAAUAUAAAAUUAUGAAGUUCAAGUCUAAGCAAGUGGAAAAGAAUUAUGCUUUUGAGAUACCUGAUGUUCCAGAAAAAUCUGAGUACUUGGAAGUUAGAUAUGCAGCCGAAAUGCCACAGCUUCCUCAGGAUUUGAAAGGAGAAACUUUUUCUCAUGUAUUUGGGACCAACACAUCCAGCCUGGAAAUGUUCUUGAUGAACAGAAAGAUCAAAGGACCUUGUUGGCUUGAAGUAAAAAAUCCACAGCUCUUGAAUCAGCCAGUCAGUUGGUGUAAAGUUGAGGCAAUGGCCUUGAAACCAGACCUGGUGAAUGUGAUUAAAGAUGUUGGUCCUCCUCCAAUCGUAGUUAUGUCCUUGAGCAUGAAGACAAUGCAGAAUUCAAAGACCCAUCAGAAUGAGAUUAUUGCUGUGGCAGCUUUGGUCCAUCACAGGUUUGAGCUGGACCGAGCGCCCCCGCAGCCUCCCUUUCAGUCACACUUCUGUGUUAUAUCUAGACCAAAGGACUGUAUUUUUCCAUAUACUUUCAAAGAAGACAUUAAGGAAAAGAAUGUGAAGGUUGAGAUUGCUGCAACGGAAAGAACGUUGCUAGGUUUUUUCCUCGCCAAAGUGCACAAAAUUGAUCCUGAUGUCAUUGUGGGUCAUAAUAUUUAUGGAUUUGAACUGGAAGUGCUCCUGCAGAGAAUUAAUGUGUGCAAAGUUCCUCACUGGUCCAAGAUAGGUCGACUGAAGCGAUCUAACAUGCCAAAGCUUGGGGGCAGGAGUGGACUUGGUGAAAGAAGUGCUACCUGUGGCCGAAUGAUCUGUGAUGUGGAGAUUUCGGCAAAGGAGUUGAUUCGUUUCAAAAGCUACCAUUUGUCUGAACUUGUUCAGCAGAUUCUGAAAACUGAAAGGGUUGAAAUCCCAAUGGAAAAUGUACGAAAUAUGUACAGUGAAUCUUCUCAUCUGUUGUACCUGUUGGAACACACCUGGAAAGAUGCCAGGUUCAUUUUGCAAAUCAUGUGUGAGCUAAAUGUUCUCCCAUUAGCAUUGCAGAUCACUAACAUCGCCGGGAACAUUAUGUCUAGGACGCUGAUGGGCGGACGAUCCGAGCGUAAUGAGUUCUUGUUGCUUCAUGCAUUUUAUGAAAACAACUAUAUUGUGCCCGACAAGCAGAUUUUCAAAAAGCCUCAGCAAAAACUGGGAGAUGAAGAUGAAGACAUUGAUGGAGAUGCCAAUAAAUACAAGAAAGGACGUAGGAAAGCAGCCUAUGCCGGAGGCUUGGUUCUGGACCCUAAAGCUGGUUUAUAUGAUAAGUUUAUUUUGCUCCUGGACUUCAACAGUUUGUAUCCUUCCAUCAUUCAGGAAUUCAACAUUUGUUUUACAACAGUGCAAAGAGUUGCUUCAGAGGCACAGAAAUCUACAGAGGAUGGAGAACAAGAACAGAUCCCUGAGCUGCCAGACCCAAACUUAGAAAUGGGCAUUUUGCCCAGAGAGAUCCGGAAGCUGGUAGAGAGGAGAAAACAAGUCAAACAACUAAUGAAACAGCAAGAUUUAAAUCCAGACCUGGUUCUUCAGUAUGACAUUCGACAGAAGGCUUUGAAGCUCACAGCAAACAGUAUGUAUGGCUGCCUGGGAUUUUCCUACAGCAGAUUUUAUGCCAAACCACUGGCUGCUUUGGUGACGUACAAAGGAAGGGAGAUUUUGAUGCAUACCAAAGAGAUGGUACAGAAGAUGAAUCUUGAAGUUAUUUAUGGAGAUACAGAUUCAAUUAUGAUAAACACCAAUAGCACCAAUUUGGAAGAAGUAUAUAAAUUGGGAAACAAGGUAAAAAGUGAAGUGAACAAGUUGUACAGACUGCUUGAAAUAGACAUCGAUGGCGUUUUCAAGUCUCUGCUACUGCUGAAGAAGAAGAGAUACGCUGCUCUGGUUGUGGAGCCCACAUCGGAUGGGAAUUACAUCACCAAACAGGAGCUGAAAGGGUUGGAUAUAGUGCGAAGAGAUUGGUGUGAUCUUGCUAAAGAAACUGGAAACUUUGUCCUUGGCCAGAUUCUUUCUGAUCAAAGCCGAGACACGAUAGUGGAAAACAUUCAGAAGAGGUUAAUAGAAAUUGGAGAGAAUGUGCUAAAUGGCAGUGUCCCAGUGAGCCAGUUUGAAAUUAACAAGGCAUUGACCAAGGACCCCCAGGAUUACCCUGAUAAAAAAAGCCUACCCCAUGUACAUGUUGCCCUCUGGAUAAAUUCUCAAGGAGGCAGAAAGGUGAAAGCUGGAGACACCGUGUCGUAUGUCAUCUGUCAGGAUGGGUCAAACCUCAGUGCAAGUCAGAGGGCCUAUGCACCUGAGCAGCUACAGAAACAGGACAAUUUAACCAUUGACACCCAGUACUACCUGGCUCAGCAGAUCCACCCAGUCGUGGCUCGGAUCUGUGAGCCAAUAGACGGAAUUGAUGCUGUCCUCAUUGCAACGUGGUUAGGACUUGACUCCACCCAGUUUAGAGUUCAUCAUUAUCAUAAAGAUGAGGAGAAUGAUGCCCUACUUGGUGGCCCGGCACAGCUCACAGAUGAGGAGAAGUACAGGGACUGUGACAGAUUCAAAUGUCCGUGUCCCACAUGUGGGACGGAGAAUAUUUACGACAGUGUCUUCGAUGGUUCGGGAACUGAUAUGGAGCCCAGCUUGUGUCGUUGCAGUAACAUUGACUGUAAGGCUUCACCUCUGACCUUUAUGGUACAGCUGAGCAACAAAUUGAUCAUGGACAUUAGACGUUGCAUUAAAAAGUACUAUGAAGGCUGGUUGAUGUGCGAGGAGCCAGCAUGUCGAAAUCGAACUCGGCGCCUUCCCCUUCAGUUCUCCCGAAAUGGGCCUCUUUGCCAAGUCUGCAUGAAAGCUCCACUUCGGCCAGAGUAUUCUGACAAGUCCCUGUACACCCAGCUGUGCUUUUACCGGUACAUUUUUGAUACGGACUGUGCACUGGAGAAACUUAUUACCGAUCAUGAGAAAGAUAAAUGGAAGAAGCAGUUUUUUACCCCCAAAGUUCGUCAGGACUACCAAAAACUCAAGAACACGGCAGAGCAGUUCUUAUCCCGAAGCGGCUACUCUGAAGUGAACCUCAGCAAGCUCUUUGCUGAUUGCGCCGUGAGGCCCUGAGGGGGCUGGCGAGGCAGGCAGCAGGUGGGCGAGCGAAGGUCCAGCUUCCGGGCGACCCCAUCGCCUCCACCAUGGCCCUGACCACUCCCCCGACAUUGCUUUUCGUUUAGGACUGCAUCGUGUGUGUGUGUGUGUGUGUGUGUGUGUGUGUGUGUGUGUGUGUGUGUGUGUGUGUGUGUGUGUGUGUGUGUGUGUGUACGCGCGCGCACGGCUUUGGAGUGGACUUACUAAGGUGGGGGGACCACAACACUAUUUCAUCUACCCAGUAUCAGAGCGUAGUAAGAACCUUCCACAACAUAUCGUGUGCUGUGGAAACACGGCCUGGAGCCAGCUUCGCAUUUGGGACUGCAUUGCUAGGGGAGAGGUCAGGAGGGACAAGAAGGUAAUUGAGAGUGGCUGGAACACAAGGAACCCCACGCGUUGCCCCGGGGCCUUCAGCAGAAGCGUCCCCAGAAGGAGAUUUAUGAAGCCUUGGUAGGAGCACUAACGUUUUGCCUUUUCACACGCCAAUUAAACCCAGUCUGAACCCUCGUGUGGCCCCAGCCACUGGCUCCAGGAGUGGCUGUCCUUUUGAGUCUGGCCUUUUAUAGAGGUAGCCGAGGAGGGGGGGUUAGGGAAGCCUUGCGUUUCCUAAGCAGAUGAAACAGAGCUCACUUGUUCAUUGAAUCGCUCCAGCAUUGCACACACACAUGUACACUGGGCAGGUGUUUUAGACACGCAUUCCUUUUUCCCCCCCUAAGCAGAAAAUGCAGGUAAAGGUUUCUACAGUCGGAAAGCACAUUGGAAAUAAUUUGAUAUCCUAUAACAUUUCUUUUCAACUGUGUAGAGGUUGGGGCAAGGAUCAUUGUGUUGUAUUCAGAAGAAAUUGGGAGGAGGUUUGGUUAAUUGGCCCUGGUGCGGGGUUUUUUGUGGGGGUUUUUUUUUUUUCAUUUCUUGAGAACAGUGCCCUGUUUGCCAGAAGCCACAUCUAUUUCAGUAUGGCAGCCUUUCCAUUCUUACAUUAUAUGUAAGACUAUACUAUACUAACAGAAUAUAUUUCCCCUGUACACUAUGCUAUAUUUUUUUAAAAAUCGAUCUGUUUUUCGAAAAGAAAAAUGUGCUGUGCUUUUUUUUUCCUGCUUAAAUAAAGAUAUUUGAAAGGAAAGCAGUUGCAGUGAAUCUCCAUCAGGUGCGA